ACGAUCGAGUAGCCACUGUCGAGUCUACACUCAGAGCGUGUGAGGCCGGGGCAAUCUGGAUCAACACUAGCUAGUUCCGUUUUGCUAUCGCUAGAAGUAGUUGGCGGUAGCUAGCGCUGUAGAUAGUAAAGAUAUUAUCUUUGAUCGCUCUGAUCGGAACCGGCAAUGAUGACAAAUCACCACCAGCGAAAACGACGAUCAGUGCAUCGGAUUUCCAUAAGAUCCGUCUCGUUAGCACACAAAAGUGACCAGCUCCCGUGGCUACUACUCGUGUUUAGUGUCCUGCUCUCGUUCAGUGUUUCCAGUGUAGAAGCGCUCCGGUGCUACGCCUGCGGUCUGACGCAAUCCUCCGGUGAUCCACGGUGCGUGACGGAACCGGGCAGUGUCGAGGGCCAGAGUGUGGUCACAUGUUCGCGCAAGUACUGCACCAUCACACGCCAGGAGCUAGUGGAUCCGCCCGGAAAGUUGGUAACGUUUGUGCGCAGUUGUGAAGAGACUCCACUGUAUCUAGACGAGGUGCUGGAAGAUCCGACCUUCAUCACCUACUAUCGCUCGUGCACGACGGAUCUGUGCAACAGUGGCGAUGGUGUCGGUUCGACCGGAUCCGAGCUGACCGGGCUGAACGAGGGUGCCUCGGAGAACCUCAUCGUACCGGGACUAGCGGGCAACGGAGCGACAGUACCAGUAGCAGCAGCAGCAGUGGGUCUCAUUAAAAUCACAUCACUGCUCACAGCGGUCGUUACCGUCACCGUGGCCGCCAUCGGUGGUUGGGGCAACUCACUGUCACUCGGCUAACCCCACCCCUCCCCCCCGGGGGUCGACAUUAAGCCGGUUAGGGCCGCGGCCAGUCUAAUCUCUACCUUUGCUCUUCCUCUUCCGGAAGUGCUUUUCUUUCCAUUCCCAAUGAUGCAUCCCCGAUCCGAGGUCCCGGGGUUAUCGCACACACACGUUCCUUUUUGGAAUUUGGUUUCAAAAUGACCUUACCUUCCUCUUCCUCCUUCUUUUCCUGCUUGCUGCUGAUGAUGAUGUCCGGUAGCCUCGCCCAGUCCAGAGACCCACGCAAAACAUUGAGAUAAGCUGCUUCCGUGUUUCCAAACCUAGCUUAAAGGGGAUUUGUGGCCAGCAGCCAUGCCAUAUCACGUCAGUAUCUGUUCCUUAAAGAGCUUCGCUAGUGGUUGCUUCUGUUGUACACACACACACAAACACAGUGGAGACAGAGCGUAGUGAAAACCACGGCGGUGCCCGGUUUUGCAUGUUAAACAAGCGGAGCAAAUAAAUCGGAAGAGGAAUAGACUUGUU